AGGAAGAGGCGCCCACGGCGCGGUGGGAGUGUUGUGUCCCCUCCCCUCCUCUUCCGACGCCGAACCAGAACCAUUCAUCUCUCCCCUCCUUCGGCUUCCACAUCCGGGUUACACACGCCAGUGUUUGUCGUCUUGCGUCGUGUGUGCGUCUUGACACUGGAGGGAGAGAGGAAAAAAAAAUAAAAAAAAUUCGCCCCUACCGAGACGCCUCGCAGCCUCUCGCCCGACUUGGCGCCUCGCAGAGCGGACACAGCUGCCGGCGCGACUCGCUGAUGUCGCCCAGCUGCGGUAAAGCGGGCAUGAGGCGCUGGUGGUAGCCGGGCCAGCCAGCCAGCCAGCCUUGUCGUGCAAAGGGGGCCAGUCUGCGGGGGAUAUCAACCAUGUCGAAGAGCCUGAAGAAGAAGAACCACUGGACCAACAAAGUCCACGAAGCCGUGAUUAGCCGCGGCAAGGACGGCGAGCUGGGCUUGGAGCUGAAGGGGGGCGCCGAGCUGGGCCAGUUCCCCUACUUGGGCGAGGUGAGAGCGGGGAAGGGGCUCGUCCAGAGCGGCAAGCUGGCCGAGGAUGAGCUGCUGCUGGAGGUCAACGACAUGCCCGUAGCCGGCCUCACCAGCCGGGACGUGCUGGCCGUCAUCAAGCACUGCAAAGACCCGGUGCGCUUCAAAUGUGUCCGGCAAGGGGGUGUGGUUGACAAGGACCUGCGCCACUACCUCAACCUGCGCUUCUCCAAAGGCUCGGUGGACCACGACCACCAGCAGAUCAUCCGAGACAACCUCUACCUGCGCACCGUUCCCUGUACCACCAGGCAGCCCAAAGAGGGGGAGGUACCGGGGGUGGACUACAACUUUGUGACCGUGGAGCGUUUUAUGGAGUUGGAGCAGAGCGGCGCCUUGCUAGAGAGCGGAACUUAUGAAGACAACUUCUACGGCACACCCAAGCCUCCGGCAGAACCGUCCCCGGCAGCCCCUCCCCUUAAUGUGAGUGAGGCCCUGCUGCCCGGAGCCCGGCCCAGCGCCCAGGGCAAGAGGAAGAGGAACCAGUCGGUCAGCAACAUGGAGCAGCGCGCCAGCUUGGAGCCCCCCGAGGAGGAGGAGGAGGAGAGCCCCGUCGUCAAUGGCAACGGAGUGGCCAUCACGCCAGAGUCCAGUGAACACGAGGACAAGAGCACCGAUGCGUCGGGGGAGGUUGCCGUGGAAACCUGCAGCCAAGCCGCAGCCACCAGCGAGGCCCCCACCGAGGGAGAGGAGGGCCCCAAGUCUCCCUCCAAGUCCCCGUGCAAAGUGCCGGACGUGGACGAGGAAGAGCUGGGGCCCCUGCCUGACAACUGGGAGAUGGCGUACACGGAGAAAGGGGAGGUCUACUUCAUUGAUCACAACACCAAGACCACCUCCUGGUUGGAUCCUCGUCUGGCCAAGAAAGCAAAGCCUCCAGAAGAAUGCCGAGAAGAUGAGCUGCCCUACGGCUGGGAGAAGAUCGACGACCCCAUCUACGGCAGCUACUACGUGGAUCACAUCAACCGCAGGACUCAGUUUGAGAACCCGGUCCUGGAGGCCAAGCGGCGCUUGGAGCAGCAGAGACAGAUGCAGAGUCAAGGCCUCUCCGCCCUGCCGCUGCCCGCCAUAUACAGAGAAAAGCCGCCGUUCACCAGGGACCCCACCCAGCUGAAGGGCACCUUCCUGUCCACGGGCCUGCAGAAGAGCAACAUGGGCUUCGGCUUCACCAUAAUCGGAGGCGACGAGCCUGACGAGUUCCUGCAGGUGAAGAGCGUCAUCCCGGAGGGGCCCGCCGCUCAGGACGGGAAGAUGGACACAGGCGACGUCAUCGUGUACGUGAACGACAUCUGCGUGCUGGGCACCACCCACGCCGACGUGGUCAAGCUCUUCCAGUCGGUGCCCAUCGGUCAGAGCGUGACCCUGGUGCUGUGCCGAGGUUACCCCCUGCCCUUUGACCCGGAGGACCCCAACGCCGCCAGCGCCUCCAUGACGCCCAUCGGGAUGGAGCACCGCCCCCUGGUGGUGAACGGCCGCGGCAGCUACGACCCCUACCUGGAGUAUCUGUCCCUCAGCUCCCAGCUGCCGGCUCAGGCCCUGGCCCAGGCCGGGGUCUCCCACCCGGGCGACACGCACCUGGACGGCUCGUCCCUGCCGCCCACCACGCCCGGCUCCUCCUCCGCGCUCACGCCACACGACGACAACGUGUCCAUGGCGUCCUCGGGGCCGGCGGGCGGGGCGGCGGCGGAGCUGCUGACCGUCACCAUGGUGAAAGGAGCGGAGGGCUUCGGCUUCACCAUCGCCGACAGUCCCACGGGGCAGCGGGUCAAACAGGUGCUGGACGCGGGCUCGCAGGGGGCGGCGUCGGGUCUGAUCGAGGGCGACCUCAUCCUGGAGGUCAACCAGCAGCCGGUGGCGGCGGCGGGACACGGACGUGUGGUGGAGAUGUUGAAGGAAUGUCCGGUCGGGGCCGAGGCCACUCUGCUCAUCCAGAGAGCAGCGGCAGGUCACAUCUCUCCGUGGAAGGCCUCCAAACAGUUACCAGAGCAGUGGGACCCACACGGAAGCCCCCAGGCCAACAUGUCGGGUCCAGUCCUCCCUCCAGGCACUCCCUUCCCCAACCAGCCUCAGCACCGCACCUCCGUGCCGGACUCCACCGAAGGGUUCGACCUCAACAAGCCAGACCCCUACGACCUUUACGAGAAGUCCAGGGCCAUCUACGAGAGUCGACGUCCUGAAUACGAAGAGGUGGAGGUGCACCUUCUGAGGGAGAAGACGGGUUUCGGCUUCCGCAUCCUGGGUGGAGACGAGGCCGUGCAGGCUGUGAGUCCGGACGCCCGUGACAAGAUCGUGAUCGGCGCCAUCAUCGAGAACACGCCCGCCGAGCGUGACGGGCGACUGCGGCCGGGCGACGAGCUCAUCUCCGUGGACAAAAACGUGGUCGCCGGGAAACCGCACAAGUACGUCAUCGACUUGAUGCACGCCGCCGCUCGCAACGGCCAAGUCAGCUUGACUGUGAGGAGGAGGGUGCAGAUGCUGGGCGAGGCGUGCCCCGUCAACGGCCGCAGCCCCAGCCUGGUGUCCACUCAGCACAGCUCGCCACGCAGCGACGCCCCCUCGGCUCCGCCUCUGGUCACCGUGGCGACGGCGUGCGCUCACCAGGACGCGGUGCAGACCAGCGACGUGGUCAUCCAUCGCAAAGACAACGAGGGCUUCGGCUUCGUCAUCAUCAGCUCCCUCAACAGGCCCGAGAACGCCGCCGUCAUCACUGUGCCCCACAAAAUCGGGCGUAUAAUCGAGGGCAGCCCUGCAGACAGGUGUGGCAAGUUGAAGGUGGGCGACCGCAUCCUGGCGGUGAACGGACAGUCCAUCAUCAGCAUGCCUCACGCCGACAUCGUCAAGCUCAUCAAAGACGCCGGCCUCACCGUCACGCUGCACAUCAUCCCGGAGGAAGGGUCCCAGUCUGGGCCCGGCUCCGAGAAGCAGAGUCCCAUGACCCAGAAACACGGCGCCCAGCCCAACGCCGCAGCCCUGAGCGGGCAGGCGGCGCCUCAGAUGUCACUUCAGCCGGGCCAGCAGGCGUCGAGUCAGCCCGCUCAGACGCCGGCUCCCAGCAGUCAGAUCCUGGUUUGUCCUCCCGCACCGGCGCCAUCGCACCCCACAGCGGCGGUCACGCAGCAGAGCCCCGUGGCACAUCCCUCUGGACCUCUGCCACCACUCUAUCUCCACGACGGCAGGUCAGAGGUUAAAGCGAGACAGGAUGUCAAACCUGACUUCCGCCAUCCUCCGUUCACUGAUUACAGGCAACCCCCGGUAGACUACCGUCACCCGCCGGUGACCGACUACCGUCAACCCCCGACGUUGGACUACCGGCACCCGCCAGGCCUGCUGGACUUCAGGCAGCACCCUGCCGCCUCGCAGUUCCCCCUCAGCAUCACGGCGGACUUUAGACCGCAGGACUUUGACUACUUCACGGUGGAGCUGGAGAAAAGCUCCAAGGGCUUCGGUUUCAGCAUCCGAGGCGGCAGAGAGUACAAGAUGGAUCUGUUUGUGUUACGCCUCGCAGAGGACGGCCCCGCCAUUCGCAACGGGAGGAUGAGGGUGGGGGAUCAGAUCAUCGAGAUAAACGGGGACAGCACGCGGGACAUGACUCACGCCCGCGCCAUCGAGCUCAUCAAGGCCGGGGGCAGGCGGGUCAGACUGCUGCUAAAAAGAGGCACGGGACAAGUUCCGGAAUACGGAAUGGUACCUUCCAACCUGUCCAUGUGCAUGAAAGACUGUGUCGGCCCCUGGGAUGCCCUUUCUACAAUCCACUCUACCCUGCAGGAAGUGACCCUGGAAGCCCACCAGAGUCCAUUGCCUUCAUCCCAUCCGGCCGCAUCCCUGGAUUCCCCUCAUCAGCUCCCUCAAGAGGCCAAAGCGUGCAUGACGGCGGACACAAGCCCGCCAGUGACAGACCACGGCUCCUCGGCUCGAGGGGCCGCAGGUGGCAGGUCCACCCAGCAGAAGUGCAGCGUCAGGGGGUCCGCGGAGGCGGACAGGCCGCCCCGGGCUUUGGGGAGGCCCGCUGACGCACGGGAGCGCCAGUGCUCGCCGUGCUGCGACAGGAAGGCCACCAACACCCAGACGGCGGGCACUCUCUGGCCGUGGGACCCUUACGUGAGCCUCACUUCCAACGGCGCCUCUCUGGCGGGCGGAGACGCGCACCCGAGCCUCCAGGAGAGGCUGCCGACCAGAGGCCUUCGCCCCAGAGAGGAGGAGCGCUCCGGGGGCCACCUGGGGCUCUGCUGUCCCUCUAAAAGCGGAGGAGAACCGCCGGCGAGGAGCGCGGGGUCUUGGAACAUGCCUGGGCCGGAUAAGCUGCCGGGCACCCUGAGGUCCUGGACCUCCACUGUCAGCAGGUAGAAAGGAUCCUCGGGACAAAAUCCUCUCCAUUCCUCUCCUCAUUAGUUCCUUCAUUUUACCAGAUGAUUCUGACACCCACCACCUUAAAGACCACCCUGAUGGAGAGCAGACUUGUGGUGGACAUGCCUCUGAGUAAAUACCGUCCAAGUCAACAAUAUGUACAUGUGCUGUUUUGUCCUUCAAACAAGAAGAGGAGAACCAACAAAAAAACAAAAAAAACAGUUCUCAACCUGGGCCUCGACUACAUAUCAAAACCACGUCACCAAAACGGUGACCCCCCCCAUGGAGGUUUUGUGCAUGACACUCGCAAAACAAGGACCACUUCCUUCGCCCUUGUUUUCCCUAUGAAAGUGAACACACACCUCUAGAGUUAUGUACACAACUCAAUCAUAACCAUGCAGUCAUUAUUAUUAUUAUAAACCUGUUGUAUUCAUUUAAAGUAGGAGGGGGGGAAGCAUCGUCCAAGUCUAUAUUGCCCUUUUUUUUAACCUGUGCUAUGUGUACCACAUCACUGUGCACAUAGCAGGAAGUGCGAGGGAAGAGUGUGGACGGGGCAGGGCGGGGCGGGAGUGCCUUACACUAAACUCCUCUGAUGGCGACACAUAUCAGACGUCACAUGUCAAGUGUUGUAGCGUGACCGUCAAGAACCGGCGGGACAUUCUGCGCCAGGCGGAACCUCCGAGGUGGGACGAGUGUAACGUUGACGUUAAAGAGUCGUUAAUUGGUUCCAGGUCUGACCCUAGGUAAAUUAAUUUCCGCAAAGUAGUACUAAUAGUAUAUAGUAAUAAUAAGAAGG